AUGUUCUGGUGCCUUUUAUCCGCUGUUGGUGCCGCGACGCUGGGCGUUAUCUGCGUUAAGGUGCUUUUGUUCGUCAGGCUGAACUUCUUGACCACGUGUGACAUGAAGCGGAAAUACGGCAAGGCCGGUGGCUGGGCGGUUGUGACGGGUGCGAGUGAGGGGAUCGGGCAUGCGAUGGCACUUGAUCUCGGCCGACGGGGCUUCAACGUGUGCGUGAUCGCACGCACGAAGUCGAAGUUGGACGCUGUUGUUGAGGAGUUACGUGCCCUAGGCGUUGAGGGGUGCGCGAUAUCGUUUGACUUUGCUGAAGCGACGCCGUCGAACUGGACGGAUCUGUUUGCGCGGCUAGACUCACUGGAGAUCUCGGUGCUGGUGAAUAACGUUGGCGUGAACUAUGACUACGCGAACUAUUUUGAUGAGGUGACUCUAGAGACGGACCUUCGGCUGCUGAAGGUGAACUGUGAAUCUACACUGCGUAUGAGCAAGUACGUGGUGCCGAAGAUGAAGGCGAAGAGAUCCGGUGCCAUUGUAUGUCUGAGUUCGUUUUCCGCGACGACGCCCACACCGCUGCUGGCGACUUAUGCUGGCACGAAGUCCUUUAAUGGGAGUUUCGGCAGUGCGCUGUUGUAUGAGCUCAAGCAGUACGGCAUUGACGUGCUCACCGUCACGCCGAACUUGGUUGUGAGCCGCAUGACUCAGGGUGUGAGCACGCGCAAGCCGCGUGAGUCCUUUCUGAUGGUGAACGCUGACCAAAUGGCACACCAGACACUGGACAAGCUAGGCAGUGUGCACCAAACAGCUGGGCACCGCAAUCAUGCUAUUAUCGAAGCCUUACUUAGCCAACUGCCGGUUGAUUAUGUCAGCAAUAAGAUUCUAAAGCUCCAGAUCAGCACGAAAAGACGUGCUGAGAAGCGUAUUCAUCAAAAGUAA